AGGUCUAUGACAUAAAUUCCACAAUAAAACUUUCAUCUAAGAAUUAAGACUUAUCUUAGAAGACAAAAACGAACAAGAACAAAACGAGAAAGAUGAUGGACAGACGACAGCUCCUAUUAGUUGCUGUGCUGUCAAUCACAAGCUGUGUUUACGCCCAUCAGGGACAACACACUGUUUUUGCCAUGGUACUUGGGAAAGGAGGUCAGAAAAUGCCAGAAAUCAAAGUCAAUGGUGUCAAAAUGAAUCUGCGCAAUCCCGUGAAUCAAGCUCCAAACGAAUCUGGCGCCCUCGUACAAGGUCCUCCAUCAGGUACACUUAUAUUGGACCCUACAUUGGAAUUUUCACUUUGCUUUCUGUUUAUUUAUCGAUAUAUCUUGGCUAAUACACAUGGUUCAUUAUAGUGGUGAAACAUUCAUGAUUGUGUUGCCAUAGAUACAAAAACUUUUAUUGUUGGAGGAAAGGCAUCUGAUAACAGCCUUGGCAAGCUGCCUGUGAUGGCAGAAGCUUUAGUAAUGCCUGCAACAAGUAAGCCAAAGACAGCUGAAGAUAAAGCUAUGGAUGAUCUCAAAUUAACCGAAGAGGAGAAAAAGAAGUUAUUUCCAUGUGAGGACUACAAACCUUAUUGUAAGAAUUACGCCCAGACUGGACAGUGUAGAGAUGUUUAUACGCAGAGGUAUUGCAGAAAAAGCUGUGAUUUAUGCAAAGUUCCUUAUGGAGUGUUCAUUGGCUGCCAAGACUUAGAUGUCUGCAAGAAGUUUGCCGCGUCUGCCUGCAUGGUGCAUUGGGUCAGAGAGACGUGUAAAUCAAAAUGUGGAGUAUGUGGCUAUGAACGUCAAGGCAACGCCCACAUCACCAUUGGCAAAAAGAGACAUUUCAGUGACACUAACGUAAAAAAGCAAGACAAAAGCACACAUGACGUAAAGAAGAUUGAAAAGAAACAGAAAGAUAAAGUAAAACAGCUUCAAAAAGUCCUUACGAAAGUGACCAAGAAAGUAAAGGAUGCUGUGAAGCAAGUGGCAGCAAAAGUCGAGAAACUUAAGAAGAAGAACGACAAACCUUCUGUUAAUAACAAGCCAGUGGUCAAACCGACAGUCAGCGUCAGCGAGAAGAGCGACGACCACGGUGACGUAAAUGAAAAGAAUGACAGCGCUGUUGAUGACGAUACCGCUGACCAAGAUGUGAGCGGGGAAGGAAGCUCUGAUGACGAGUACGAAGAUGAUAAUGAUGACGAAGAUGAAGACAAUGAAUCAAGUGCGGCUGAGCCUGAGGACGAACCUGAGGAGCCAAUCAAACUUGAUACAGACCCACGGGGUGAGCCUGUAGUCGCCAAGAUGGUCCAUCAGCCAAUCAAAUUUAACGACGCUCCUCUGAAAGCUGUGCGUGUUAAACUUGUCAAGAGCAAGAAACAAGUCAAGGCUGUCAAGGAUGCAAAACCGAAAGUUGAGCACAAAAAGACGGCGAAAAAAGUCAGCAGUGAUAAAGUGGAGAAGAAGGCCAAAACAAUUGACGAAGUAGUUAAGCAAGACAAACCAAAGAUUAAAACCACGAAACCGAAGAAGCUAAAAAAUUGAAAUCGAUAUUCGUAACAAGUUACGAUUAAAAACUGAAGACUUUUGUUUCGUUUCGCUUAUAUAUGUAAAUGUUACUUCAUCAUAUUAUGUAGAAGUUUUAAAUGAUUCUUAUACUUCGGAGUAGUUUUUUUUCCUGGACACAGUUUGUUAGCUUCUAUGCAGAUGGAGUGCAUCACUAGCUUUUAAUAGUACCUAUUCACAAGAAAGAUCCACGCUUCCAGAUUGGUAUAUAUUAUGCUGGCUUCCCUAACAUGAUCAGCUUAUUGUAAUUUAAAUGAUUACAGUUACUUUUGAAAUUAUUUACUACCUUGAGAGUCUUUAAUUUGCGCAAUAAAUAUUUUUCUGUAAUGAAAUAUGAGAAACUGAUCCUUCCCUGUGCCCUGA